AUGUCGCAUCAGACCGACCAAGAGAGUGGGGCCAGAUCUAGGGCUACUAAAAAGGCCGCCGCGCAAACCAAUCAAACAAAACGUGCGGCGGGGAAAAAGGCUGAGGUGGGAAAGCAGAAGCCCGGGAAGAAGGCGGAGGACAAGGGGAAGCAACCAACGGCACGCAAGCGUGUUUCGGCCGUCAGGAGCGAUGCGGAUGUUGCCACUGCUGCCCUCGAGCCCGGUCCUUCUGACGACGACACCAUCGGCGGGAACGAAGACCCUGGGCAUGGCGGCGUGAGUGUUGCCGUCCGGUCGGGGGACAGAGAGGGCUUUGCGACUGGAGGAAAGCACGGCGACUCUCCCCGCCAAGAUCAGGCCGCAACUUCGACGUCCGUGGCAGAGGCAAAGCAGCAGCAUCUGACGCUGCCCCACCCGCACGUGGUCGAAAUAUCUGCUGCAGUGAUAGAUAAGGAGAAGGAUGCUGCGCACGAUUGCACGGAGGGGCCGAAACACGACAUUGCCGACGUAGGUGGAUCUCCUCCCUCUGGGGGACGCGGGAGGCGUAGGCAGAGGAAGAGCGAUGGUGAGGAGGAGAAUGACACCCCCGUGGCUGAGGACAUGCCCAUACGCGCGAAGAGGAGGCAGACGACAGCCAGCGGUGACGACGCCGGUGGUGCUGAAGUUGGGACAAUGCGAGGCACCACGGCGCCAAGUGGCUUGGCGACAGAUCAUGCAAUGCGGCAUAAGGUGGGAUCCGGUCCGAGGAAACCAUCUAGCGGACGGAGGGGGAAGCAAUCUUCGGGGGGGAAUAGGCCGAAGCGCGGCAAAGAAGGCCCUGGUGAAGCGGAUGUUGAGGACAAGGGGGAUGGGGAGGAGGAGGCCGAGGAGGAUGCGAAGGAGGAGGACGAGGAUGCAGGGGAGGGAGAAAAGGACGAGGAUGAGCAGGAGGGCGACGAUGAUGAGGAGGAGGAGGAGGAGGAGGAGGAGGAGGAGGAGGAGGAGGAGGAGGAGGAGGAGGAGGAGGAGGAGGAUGAGGAUGAGGACGAUGAGGAGGAUGAUGAGGGGGACGAUGAGGAUGAGGAGCAGGAGAGGAGUUCGGCAAAGAAAGAACCUGCCCACCCUAACAACACCGUGUUCCACCCGUCUUUUCCCGCCGCAGGGAAGGAGAAGGUUGACGAAUCGGCUAACCCGGCCCGGGGCAAGGCGGUCUCCCCCCUCGCCGGUCCAUCGCGUGUGCAUCAACCAAGCACCUUUGCCAAUCCCUUCCCUGAGCUUCCCUUUUCCCGCCAGCGUGAUAGUGUGAGGGCACACGGUGCUGCUGUAGAAGACGUUGAUCCCCUUGGCCAGAGAGGGGUUUCUACACACCCUUUUCCGGAUGUCAUGGAUGCGCUCGCUGAAGGUGCAGAGCACGGGCAGUUUGUUACACGAGACGAGUUCCAGCAGCUACGGUCUGAGAUGUACGCCAUGUUUGCUCAGCUCGGCCUGCCUCGGGGAGCAACUGCCAGCUAUGCCGGGGGGGCCGCAGUGGUGCCGAUGGGUGGUACCCCGCCGCCGAUGAGUGCCGUGGACAAGGCACGUGUGCUUGUGCUGCAGGAGACCAACCCAUUCCCGGUAUGUGGCGGGUUGGGGUUGACGUGGCAACCAGGGCAGGGUUGGGAAUGA